CGACCACAGCCAACUCUGCGACCUGCACAUCCUCCCAAAGACGCCGUUGGGAAAGGAUAGACGCUGCUCUUGUCCUAUUCUCCUAUCUUCUCCCUAACAAACUCUUCGCGCCAGAGCUGCCACAUUCGAGGGUCCUUCCCGUCCCAUCGCCCGCUACUGCAUCUUCCACUCCAACCCCACCAAAACUAGUCAAAAGUCUCAACUCAUACACCGCCCAACAUGGGCCUCCUUUCACGAAAAUCGGGCAAAGACAGCGCCCCCGAAGACACCACCGCUACCUCCGCUCCCGUCUCGGGCACCAACACAAACACCUCCACAACGCCCGAAAUGGUCAGCGCCAAAACCAGCUUGGACGAAGACCGCAGCGGCAACAACACAUCCCGCCCACCCACCGCUUCCUCCUCAACAUCCGUCUCCAAAACCGAAGCCCCCAUCGUCGCCGAUGGCCAACAAGUCUCCGAUGCCUCAAAGCUCAAGACCUUCCUCGGUAUCCUUCGUCGCUUUCUCGGCGUAACCGACAUCGCCGCCGUUCGUUUCUCCCUACCCGCCCAACUCCUCGAACCGAUUCCCAAUCUCGAAUAUUGGCAUUAUCUCGAUCGACCUGAGACAUUCGCUGCGAUCGGCGAUAGUGAUGAUCCUCUCGAACGUAUGCUGGCUUGUCUGCGUUUCUGGUUCACGAAAGAUUUGAAAUACGUGAAAGGGAAGCCUUGCAAACCAUACAAUUCAAGUCUGGGAGAGUUCUUCCGAUGUACAUGGGAAGUGGACCCUGCGGAAGCAGAAAAGACAACAGGAGACAAGAAGCCAGUGAAGGUCAAUUACAUCACAGAACAAACAAGCCAUCACCCUCCCAUCUCGGCUUUCGUCUACGAUUGUCCGGAGAAGGGCAUUGAAGCUUCGGGAUACGAUCAAUUGUCUGCCAAGUUCACCGGCACAAGCGUCAAAGUCACACCCGGGAAUUUCAAUCAGGGAAUCUUCAUCAAGUUGAAAAAGCGUGAUGGGGAAGAAUACCAACUUACACAUCCUGCGGCGUAUUUGACGGGCUUCCUGAGAGGUCCUUCAGGGCUGUAUGUUAGUGUCGCGGAUGUAUGCACGAUCACUUGCGCGAAGACGGGGCUGAAGACAUUUUUGCAAUACCAUGAAGAAGGAUAUUUUGGGAAGGCGCAAAAUCGUGUUGAGGGAGUUGUUUAUCGACCUGCGGAUGUGAAGAGUGAUCCGGUGACGAAGUUGAAGGAUGUGCCGAAAGAGCAGAUUGUUGGAAGGAUUGAGGGCGUGUGGACGGAGAAGGUGUGGUAUUCGCCCGGGGUUACAGAAUUCAAGAAGACGAAGGAGUCGGACCGUGUCUUGUUGAUGGAUGUUACGCCGCUGGUGCCUGUGGUGAAGAAGUGCCCACCACAGGAAUUGCAAUUGCCGAAUGAGAGUCGGAAAUUCUGGGGUGGUGUUACUGAAGCGAUCGAGAAGAAGCAAUUUGGUACUGCGACUGAGAGAAAGACGGCGUUGGAGGAGCGGCAAAGAGAGCGAGCGGCAGAGAGGCAGGCGAAGGGAGAAACGUGGACUCCGAGGUAUUUCACGAAUGUCACGGAGAAUGACGGAAAGGCGGUGUUGAAUGAUUUGGGGCGAAAGGCGUUGGAGGGUUUGGAGACCGGUCAAUAUCAAUUGGAAGAGCCGACGGAGUAUGGGGCGAUGUAAAGACCGGCAAGAGAGCAUGUGGAUGAGAGCUGAGUGGUACUGGUGGAAUGACUGAUGACGAUAGAUUUGCUGCACUUUUGCACGGGGUGGCGCUACACGGCAAAUGGCUCGUUUUGGAUAAUAUUGACGACGUGGAGAGAAACAGCAUUCUUAUAUGGAUGCUUCUAAGAAUCUCCGGCUCUCUCCCCAAGAAGCAGGAUCGGGAAUCUCUGACUGCGAACAAUCAUCGAAAGACGAUGAUGGAAGAUGAAUAGAACCAAGACCUAAACAGAUUGGGUGGACGGACGAUGACCCUAUGCCGGGUCCUUUUUCCCCGACAUUGCAGCUUCUUCCUUGUUGUACUUGGGCAGGUAUCGGAGUUCACUUUGAAUGCAUUGUUGAUUGUUUGUAGAUAAACAUAUCGUGAACCGCAUUACAAGCCCG